AUGACCUUACUCUUCCUACGUAAUUACCAUCCAAUAACUAUUUGUCGUAAUAAAGUUAAUUUUCAUAAUUUUCACCGAGUUUUACGGGAUCGACUCCAGUAUUCCACUAAAUCAAAUAAUAAUAAUAAAUCACGUAUACAAAAAUAUAUUAUAACCGGAUCUACAUUAUUUGCCACCGGAUCCAUUAUCUAUUUUUUUGUCUUGCCCAAUCGUGAUACUUUUAAAUCAUCCUCAUUAAUUCCAGCCAAAUCUACCAUAUCAUCCGAUAAAUUCACUGCAAUUCCCGUACAUCAAAUUAUACCACAAUCAAAAACGACAAGUAUUUUCAGAUUAAAGCUACCAGCACCACUUCAAGGACCAUUUCCUGUAUCAUCAUGUGUCCAUGUCAAGGAUCCAUCUUUGCAGAUUAUGAGACCGUAUACACCGAUUAGUCCGAUUGUUAAAGACGAUGAAUUGGGGUACAUCGAUUUACUUGUGAAAAGAUAUGAGAAUGGACAAGUAUCAAAGUAUAUUCAUGGUUUGAGCGUAGGUGAUCAUGCGGAGGUUAGAGGUCCAGUGCCGACGUUUCCGUAUCGAGAGAAUAUGUAUAAAGAAUUGGGAAUGCAUCCUGAUCAAUUCAAAAUAUAUUAUACAAUUGAUAAUGCACCAGCAUCAUCUUCUAAUUGGAACCAAGGUAUUGGGUACAUUACUAGUGAAAUGAUCAAACUAAAUAUGCCGUCGCCUCCUCCUCUUCCAUCUUCAUCAUCUUCAAGUAAUAUCGAUGAUAAAGGAAAUAGAGAUGAUGAUAAUAGUAUAUUGAUUCUUGUUUGUGGACCAGAUGGUCUAAUGAAUCAUAUUUCUGGACGAAAAGCGCGAGAUAGGUCUCAAGGUCGUCUUAAUGGAAUUCUCGAAAAACUGGGCUAUAAUGAGAAUCAAGUCUUCAAAUUUUGA